UCCUUCUUUCUUUCCCAACAUCAAGAUGGCUGAUCAGAACGAACGUGCGUUCCAGAAGCAAAUCGGUGUGAACCUGAACCGCAAACAGGUCAACAAGAAGAAGGGUUUCCGUCUGCACCGCAGCAUCGGUCUUGGCUUCAAAACCCCCAAAGAAGCCAUCGCCGGAACCUACAUCGACAAGAAAUGCCCCUUCACCGGUCACAUCUCGAUUCGGGGUCGUAUCCUGACCGGAGUGGUACGUAAGAUGAAGAUGCAGCGGACCAUCGUGAUUCGGAGGGACUACCUGCACUUCAUCCGCAAAUACGAUCGUUUCGAGAAGCGGCACCGGAACCUGAGCGUGCAUCUGUCCCCGUGCUUUAGAGACGUUGAGGCCGGAGACAUUGUGACCGUUGGUGAGUGCCGGCCCCUAUCCAAGACCGUGCGCUUCAACGUGCUCAAGGUGAGCAAGCUGGCUGGCGCUAAGAAGAAGUUCACCAAGUUCUAAAACCUUUGCGAUGCGGGAGGCUUUUGAACUGGAACGAUGAGUGCUCCGGAUCUGCCGUUCUGUGAGUGGCACCCGGACCACGAAUUGCUGCUACUGAUAUGCGUGUAAAGUUGUUGUAUCGGAAGGGAGGAAACGAAUGAGUAAUGAAAAACAACAAUAAAUUCCACCUUUCAAUGGAAUCUAAUAA